CUUUUCUCAUUUGAUGUCCCAAAAAGUCCACACCAUAGCUUUUUUAUUUAAUGUGACCACCACACUUGCCUCUUGUUUGUCUCUCUCUAUAUGUAUUGCUCUUGCUACUCCUUUCCUUUCCAUUGCUACAUUGCAUCAUUUCCUUGCAAUGGAACCAAACCCCUCCUUUUCUUCCCCUUCCUUCUCCACCACCAGAAUUUGCAGAUGGUGGUCCAAGGACACAGUGGCCAUAGUCACUGGUGCAAACAAGGGUAUAGGGUUCGCGCUCGUUAAACGGCUAGCAGGAUUGGGACUGACUGUGAUCUUAACAGCUAGAGAUAGUGCCAGGGGACUCAAGGCAGUUGAAUCACUCAAAAAUCUAGGGCUUCAUGUGCAUUUCUUUUGCCUUGAUGUUUCGGACCCUACUUCCAUCAAAAUCUUUGUUUCAUGGUUCAAAGAGACAUUCAAAGCAUUGGAUAUCCUUGUGAAUAAUGCUGCAAUAUCAUUCAAUGAUAUCCAUGAAAACUCAGUUGAACAUGCUGAGACAGUGAUGAAGACCAAUUUCUAUGGUCCAAAAUUGCUCACUGAGGAACUCUUGCCUAUGUUUAGGUGUUCAGCUUCUAUAGGCAGGAUACUUAACAUUAGCUCAAGGCUUGGCUCCUUAAAUAAGCUCAGAAGUCCUAACAUGAAAGAGAUGCUUCUAAAUGAAGAAAACCUAUCUGAAGAGCUAAUUGAGGGCAUGACCAGUUUAUUUCUUGAAAAUGUGAAGAGUGGGACAUGGAGGAGCCAAGGGUGGCCGGAAGUAUGGACAGACUACGCCACGUCGAAGCUUGCACUGAACGCGUACUCGAAGCUCUUGGCAAGGCGCUACGAGGGGUGUGGUUUGAGUGUUAACUGCUUUUGUCCAGGAUUCACUCAGACUUCCAUGACCGGUGGCAAGGGUACUCACACUGCGGAUGCCGCGGCCGAGAUUGGGGCUUGGCUGGUUUUGCUUCCACCUCAGGAACUACCAACUGGAAAAUUCUAUGUAGGAAAUAAACCUAGCAUAUAUUCUAAGUUAUAGGGUAAUUAUAAUCUAAUUAAGCUUGAUCAUGAAGUGGUUAUACUUAUAUAUAUAUAUAUAUAUAUAUUCUAGCUAGUUCUUUUUGUAUUCCUUUUAGAGUAGUUACUUAACAAUAUGUUUACCCAUCUAUUUAUAAAAAGAGUAGCCGCCAUCAUCAAGCAUCUCUCUUUGUGCGUGACUGUGUGAAAUAUAUAUGCUAUAAAAGAAGGUGAGGGACUUGUAUGUGCAGAAUAUUGUCUUAUAUAU